AUGUCCCCGGCCGAGCGGCAGCUUCGAAAGCAGGAGCCGUCCGUCCUCGCCACCGACCUGUUUGAGACGUCUGCUCUCUGCUGGAACCAGGUGCUCAACUUCUUGCGUGAUAUUGUCCAGAACCAUCUGCCCGAUGAGGAGGCCGAGCGCGUCCAGGUCCUCGGUCUGGCCAAGGCGCUCGUCGACCGCGCAAGCCUCUAUUUCGACGAGACGAUCCGCUUCAUCGACGCUCGCGGCGACAUCCGCUGGCCUAUCUGGUCUCCUGGUGUUGCCGAGAUGGCGAGCCGCCUACGAUGUGACUUUGAUGCCCUCAGCAGUGACACCGCAGAGCUGUCGACCGUUUGCCAGGAUACCAUCAACAUCCCCAUGAACAACAUGAGCACCCACACUGCUCAGAAGGCCUUUUUCGAGGGCAAGAGCAUCCAUGUGGUGACCUACCUGGCCAUUGUUUUCAUUCCUGUCAGUCUCGUCGCCACCGUCUUUGGCAUGAACGUCGCUGAGCUAGAACCCCCGCCAACCAUUUCUUGGGUUUUCAUCAGCGCCGUCAACACUUCGGCCGUUUGUCUCGCCCUUACCGUAUGA